AUGUGGAAGCUUCGAAGGCGGAUUCAGCUCAAUGGAGUCCACAGGCUUCAGAGAUCUCCAUGGCAAACUUGCUCCUAUUACCCUAUCCCUGAAAAUCUCGCACCCCGCAAUCUCCAUUUUCAUCUCCCAAGCUUACGCUCAUCUCCAAACCCUGCAAGCCUCAUUGCACGACGCAUCACAGCCUCCUCACCCUCGCGCCCGUGCAAAGUUGCAGCAAAAUACAAGAAAAGAAGCAAAAUCACGGCGACCCAGCUCAGGAAUAUCAGCGAAUUCUCGCAGGACUUUUGCUCCUCCAGUGAAAAUCAAUCCGGAGAAUGCGAAAGAUUGCCACGAUUUGAGGUAGAUAGCUCACCGGGAAUUUCGUCGAGCAUAUGGUGGUCUGAUCUGAAAGCCGCAGUUGGGCAGAGGAUUAAUUUGGAUGGCAUUGCUUGUUUGUUUGGGAUCUUGUCCAAGGACAAGCAUUUGGCGAUCCCUCAUGUUUCUGUGCCGGACAUUAGGCAUGUCGAUUGGUCCGAGCUGAAGAACAGGGUAUUUGUUGGUGUUAUGUUUGAUAAGGAUAACACGAUUACUGCGCCUUACUCUUUGAGCAUUUGGGAGCCCCUUUGUCUGUCUGUGCAGCAGUGUAAAUCGUUGUUUGGGAAUAAUGUGGCUGUGUUCAGUAACUCUGCUGGGGUGAAGAAACCAGCUGGAACAGCUGAAGAAAUCGAAAGACACUUCGGGUGCAAAUCCUCGAGGCUUAUUAUGGUGGGUGAUCGGCCCUUCACGGAUAUUGUUUAUGGGAACAGAAAUGGAUUUUUCACAAUGCUCACUCAACCAUUGAGUCUUAUAGAGGAGCCUCUGAUUGUCAGGCAGGCUGAUCUUUGGAAUAAGGAACUUAGAGUAUCUGCAAGCUACCUUGAACUCGUUAUAGUUGCAUUGUCAUUGCUAGAUGCUUUUCAUGUGAGGCUGCUUGAAGCUGCCAUUGUUAGACGAUGGUGCAAUAAGGGCUUGAUGCCAGUCACUCACGAGCUUCUUUCAGAUCCAAUGACGCCAAAUUUGCCCGAGCCUGCAGAAGCUGGAGGUGAGGGGUUGCCUGUUGCUGUAGGGCUACCGGGCGUCAGUGGACGAGCGGAACCUGCUGACUAUGGUCGGACUGGUACCUGCGGACCCAGACCUGGUCCGCCUUUCUGCCUUGUGGACCUGACCUGCCUUGCGACCAGCGAUGUGUCCAACAGGUGCCUUGAUCCGAUUCGGGGUGGGUCGGUCCGCCCCGACCCCAUUCAACCCGUCAGUGAAAAUAAAUCAAAAGGUGAUGAUGUAUCUUGGAAGAGGUUGGAGGCGUCGGACUCAGAGGUGAGAGAGCGGGAAUGCGGGAGAAUGAAACAAGCAGCCAAAAUAAAAGCCCAACUCAUAGCCAACAACCCUUAUGUUAUGGCUUUGAUUGACCAGACAGCUCAUCACAACCAAAAUGGGGUCACAUAA